CAAAUAAAAAAAACCCCGCCCCUCUCUCUCAGAACUAGCAGCAUAGCUUCAGUAUUACUCUGCGAAAACAAGAAGAAAAGCAGUCAAAAUGUCGGAUAAAUCUUCAACAAAAGGAACCGUGACCUCAUUGGCGUCGAUAUUUCCGGUCGACGAAGCACAAAAGGCGGCGAAAAGAGUAGAAGAAGCUAUUUCCGAUAAGCAAAAUGAACUCAAAAAUAUUAAUCAAUUCGUUUCCGAUAACACCAAUUUAAUUAACCUAAUAUCUUCCCUUCCUGAUGAACUCCACCACGAUGUUAUGGUUCCUUUUGGUAAAGCUGCUUUUUUCCCUGGAAAAUUGAUACACACUAAUGAGCUAAUGGUUCUUUUAGGAGAAGGUUAUUAUGCCGAGAGAACAGCAAAGCAAACUGUGGAGAUUUUGAAAAGGAGAGCAAAGGUUUUGGAUUCUCAAGUUGAAUCUCUUAAGGCUAAUAUAAAGGAUCUUAGAGCCGAGGCUUCGUUUUUUGAUUCUACUGCUUCUGAGGCUGCAGAGGGUCUUGUAGAGAUAAGGGAAGAUUAUGUGGAGGAAAGUUGUAGCGAAGGACAAUCUAUAUCAGAGGCGGGUGAGAAUAAAGCUGGAGUUGAAGAUAAUGAGUAUGCUCACAUUAUGUCCAGAUUAGAUGAACUUGAGAAAGAAGAACUUGAGGCUGAAGGCAGAGAUGAAAGUGAAGAAGAUGAAAACACUGAUAGCAUAGAAAGUGAUUAUGAGAGUGAUGAAAAUGAGCAAACCGAUACAGCUGAAAUUGAUAAUGAGAGCGACAAAGACGAUGAUGAGCAAACUGAUACAGCUAAAAGGGACAGGUACAUUCAUGAAUAUACUGAAAAUAAAGCGAACUCUAAUAGCUUUUCAUCUCAGGCUCAUUCAGCAGAGGUAAGAAAAUCCCAGAAACAGCCAACGCUUGCAAAUGCAAGUAUAGAAGCAUUAUCAGAUAAGUAUCUCCACCAACUAGAUAUUGCUGAUCAACCAAAUUGCACAGGUUUAAUGGUGCAGCCUCAACACAGAGAUGAUAUGACAAAUAGCAAACAUUCGACACAUUUGAAGAAGUCUCUUCCUGCUAAGGCUAUGCAGCUUCCCACUGUGAAGGAAGAAACUGAAACAGUAUCUUCGUCAAAACAUGAGCCUAAAGUAACAACCUUCGACAGUUCCAAGGCAUUUACGGGCUCUAUUGUGGAACGCACUCGCAACCUGCCAACUUCACCGGAUCAAACUACAACUUCCUCGCAGUCAUCCAACUUGCAACCUACAAAACCAGUUUCAAGAUUCAAAAUGCAGAGAAGAUAGCACACCAAUGUUCUUAAAGUACAUGUAAAUGGAGGCAAAACAGAAGUCAGGGGUGUCUUUGUAUUUUGAGACAUCCGGCCAUUGUCUUUGCUUUAUUCCAAUCAUAGGAAGAUUCUUGACUUGAAUGCAAGUGUUACCAGGAAUUUCAAGGGCAUGUAACGAAAAGUCACGAGUCUCGAAGGUGUGCAAUAAGUUUUUUCAUUUUGGUUCGGAA